AUAUACGUCGGCCGGGGCGGCGGCCACCUCACACAGUCGCUCCAGCGAGCAGCGGAAGGCAGUCUGAUAGUGCUAUUACAGGGCGACAGACGUGAGACGGUACAGGGACGGGAUGACGACUGCACGGAGGCUGGUGGCGUGUCUCGCCGUGCUACUGUGUGCUGCAGCCGACACACGAGCCAACAUCGUUUUCGGCGGACCUCAGACGCCUCGGCAGCCGCCCCGAGGACUAGGCCCGCCGCACUCUGCCCUGGGAGCACACUGCUCCAUGCCGGCUGGAGCGCCGGGCCUCUGCAAAAGGAUCCAGGAUUGUCCCUCGCUGAUGGGCCAUCUCAGGAGCGGCAACAUCCAGCUCCUAAAGCAGCUGGUGUGCGGCAAGGCCAGGUCACAGACCUUGCUGUGCUGUCCGGACGGGGUGGCCCCUCCCCCUCCCACUGCCGCGCCGUCCCCCACUGCGGACACAUGCGGCAUCACGACCAAGUACCAGCCGCCGCGCGUGGUGGGCGGGGAGCCGGUGCAGGCGGUCGGCACGUUCCCCUGGAUGGUGGCCCUGAGGUACGACCUGCGCAAGAUGUUCCAGUGCGGCGCGGCAGUGAUCGGCAGGAGGUGGCUGCUCACCGCGGCACACUGUGUCAACAUCCCCGGAGGACCGGUGGGGGCUCGUAUCGGCGACCUCAACUUGUACACGACCACCGACGACGACGUGGCGCACCCGCCUCAGGACAUAGAGGUGGAGCGGCUGAUCCGGCACCCGGGCUACCGCCGCACCUUCCGCGGCCUCAACAACGACGUGGCGCUCGUCAAGCUCAGGAGCGACAUCGAGUACUCCGAUAUUGUCCGGCCCAUCUGUUUGCCCACCAAGAAGUCGGAGGUUCAGCCAUCGGGAAAGACGGUGAUCGCCGGAUGGGGCCUGACCGAACAUGGUGGAAGGGACGGCACCAACGUGAUGCACUACGCGGAGCUGAACAUCACCGACGUCCGCACGUGUCAGAGCAACUACCUGAGGUCGCGCAACCACCACGUGGACCCGGAGCAGCACCUGUGUGCCACGGGCAAUGUGACCGCCAGGGGACACGUGCUGUCCGGCUGCCAGCCCGGAGACGACAGCCUAGACUGCCAGGGAGGCGUCGAUACAUGCAAGGGUGACAGCGGCGGACCGCUGAUGAGCUACGAGAAGCUGCCGCAGGGGGUGGUGCGUCUCACUGCUGUGGGCGUGGUCUCGUUCGCCAUCGGCUGCGGCAGCCCGCUGCUGCCGGGGGUGUACACCCGCGUGGACUCGUACAUCGACUGGAUACAGGAGACGAUGGCUGCGCACGGCGGCCGGUAGGGGGCGGAGCGGAGCGAAGGGAGGGAGAGGGGGCAGAUCGUGAAGGAAAGCUUGAUAUUAGGAAAUUGACUGAAGACUCUGAGAGAAGAAGACUAUAAGUUUAAGUGAGUUUGAAUAAUGGUGAAUGAAAGAAUGAAGGGGCCAGUAGAGGUGAAAGAGAGAGUGUAAGAAAGACAGAGGCUGGCCUGUUACUUAUUGUCAAGAAAUAAGUGUUGUUUCAGACGACGGUUGAUUACGAGCAAGCGAAGUCUUACGCAGAGUAGCAGAAAUUCCUGAGCAUGAGCGGCCGGCCGGCCAGCCGUGCGGACGCUUUUGCGAAACCUAUGUCUCCGCAACCACUAGACCGGUUUACUUGCGGUAAUGUUUUUUUUUUUUUUUAGGGUAGCUUCAUUCCUUCGACCAUGUGUUGGACUAUUUCCCAUGCAUGUGGGUGGCCCCUUAUGCACGUGCCACGUGGAAAAUGAAAAGGUGUGUAAUAUAGUUCGUUUGAUA